UGCGCGGCCAUUGGUUCGGUGGCGGCGGCCGCGGGCCGGGCGGCGGGGCGCGGGGUUGGGCCGGCCCGGCCAUGGGCGCCCGCGGCUGCCGGGCGGCUGAGGCGCGGAGCCGGCCGCCGGGGCCUUUGUGAGCUGCACGGACAACAAAGGCGCGGCCGGAGCGGGCGAGCAGCUGGGUUGGUGCCGGUCUGAGCUGGACUUUGUCUGAUGGCUUCCUCCGACCCCCCUCCACAGGCUGCCACAGGAGAUCAGCUUCCUGAAGGAGGCCUAGGCCCCUCCUCAGAGGCGGAGGACGACCCUGGAGAGGCCUUUGAGUUUGACGACAGUGACGAUGACGAGGACACCAGCGCCGGCCUGGGCGUCCCAAGCGUUGUUGCUCCAGAGAAGGAUGCAGAUGCCCCACUGAUCCACUUGGACUCCGCCCCUGUCACUGACCCAGACCCCGCGGCCGCGCUGCCCCAGACGCAGGUGCCGGCUGUGGUGAGCAAUGGAGAUGCUGUGGACGCAGCUUUGCCCGGGGUCCGGCGCUCCAGCUGGAAGCGGAAGAGCUCCCGUCGAAUCGACCGCUUCACUUUCCCUGCCCUGGAAGAAGAUGUGAUUUACGACGACGUCCCGUGUGAGAACCUGGAUGCCCUUCAGCCCGGGGCGGAGAGGAACCUGCUCUACGAGGACGUGCACCGGGACGGGGCGCCCCGGGAGACGGAGGACCUGGGCUGGAGCUCCAGCGAGUUCGAGAGCUACAGCGAGGACUCAGGGGAGGAGGCCAAGCCCGAGGCAGAGCCCGCCAAGCACCGAGUGUCCUUCCAGCCCAAGAUGACCCAGUUCAUGAAGGCCGCCAAGAGCGGGACGAAGGACGGGCUGGAGAAGACGCGGAUCGCCGUCCUGCGAAAAGUGUCCUUUCUGCACAGGAAAGACGUCCUCGGUGACUCGGAGGAGGAGGACAUGGGGCUCCUGGAGGUCAGCGUUACGGACAUCAAGCCCCCGGCCCCGGAGCUGGGCCCCAUGCCAGAUGGCCUGAGCCCUCAGCAGGUGGUCCGGAGACACAUCCUGGGCUCCAUCGUGCAGAGUGAGGGCAGCUACGUGGAGUCUUUGAAGCGGGUGCUCCAGGAUUACCGCAACCCGCUGAUGGAGAUGGAGCCCAAGGUGCUGAGCGUCCGCAAGUGCCAGGCGGUGUUCUUCCGUGUGAAGGAGAUCCUGCACUGCCACUCCAUGUUCCGGAUCGCCCUGUCCUCCCGCGUGGCCGAGUGGGACUCCACCGAGAAGAUCGGGGACCUCUUCGUGGCUUCGUUCUCGAAGUCCAUGGUGCUAGAUGUGUACAGCGACUACGUGAACAACUUCACCAACGCCAUGUCCAUCAUCAAGAAGGCCUGCCUCACCAAGCCCGCGUUCCUCGAGUUCCUCAAGCGGCGGCAGGUGUGCAGCCCCGACCGCGUCACGCUCUACGGGCUGAUGGUGAAGCCCAUCCAGAGGUUCCCGCAGUUCAUCCUCCUGCUUCAGGACAUGCUGAAGAACACCCCCAGGGGCCACCCGGACAGGCUCUCGCUGCAGCUGGCCCUCACGGAGCUGGAGACGCUGGCUGAGAAGCUCAACGAGCAGAAGCGGCUGGCCGACCAGGUGGCGGAGAUCCAGCAGCUGACCAAGAGCGUCAGCGACCGCAGCAGCCUCAACAAGCUGUUGACCUCGGGCCAGAGGCAGCUGCUCCUCUGUGAGACGCUGACGGAGACCGUCUACGGCGACCGCGGGCAGCUGAUCAAGUCCAAGGAGCGCAGGGUCUUCCUGCUCAAUGACAUGCUGGUGUGUGCCAACAUCAACUUCAAGCCUGCCACCCACAGGGGCCAGCUGGAGAUCAGCAGCCUGGUGCCCCUGGGGCCCAAGUACGUGGUGAAGUGGAACACGGCGCUGCCGCAGGUGCAGGUGGUGGAGGCCGGCCAGGAGGGCGGCUCCUACGACAAGGACAACGUGCUCAUCCAGCACGCUGGCGCCAAGAAGGCCUCUGCCUCGGGCCAGGCCCAGAAUAAGGUGUACUUCGGUCCCCCGCGACUCUUCCAGGAGCUGCAGGACCUGCAGAAGGACCUGGCCGUGGUGGAGCAGAUCACCCUCCUCAUCAGCACGCUGCACGGCACCUACCAGAACCUGAACAUGACGGUGGCUCAAGACUGGUGCCUGGCCCUGCAGAGGCUCAUGCGGGUGAAGGAGGAGGAGAUCCACUCGGCCAACAAGUGCCGCCUCAGGCUCCUGCUUCCCGGGAAACCCGACAAGUCCGGCCGCCCCAUCAGCUUCAUGGUGGUCUUCAUCACCCCCAACCCCCUGAGCAAGAUCUCCUGGGUCAACAGGUUGCACUUGGCCAAGAUUGGACUCCGAGAGGAGAACCAGCCGGGCUGGCGCUGUCCGGACGAGGACAAGAAGAGCAAAGCCCCGUUCUGGUGCCCGACCCUGGCCUGCUGCACCCCCGCCUUCUCCUCCCGGGGCCUCAGCCUGCAGCUUGGGGCGCUGGUCCACAGUCCUGUCAGCUGUCCCCUGCUGGGCUUCUCGGCGGUCAGCACCUCCCUCCCGCAGGGCUACCUCUGGGUCGGGGGCGGGCAGGAGGGUGCCAGCGGCCAGGUGGAGAUCUUCUCCCUGAACCGGCCCUCGCCCCGAACGGUCAAGUCCUUCCCGCUGGCGGCCCCCGUGCUCUGCAUGGAGUACAUCCCGGAGCCGGAGGAAGGGGAGAGCGGAGACAGAGACGGAGACGAGGGCCACCCGGCCCCUGACCCCUCGGCUGCGGCGCACCCGACCAUCUGCCUGGGGCUCCAGGACGGCAGCAUCCUGGUCUACAGCAGCGUGGACACGGGCACCCAGUGCCUGGCGACCUGCCGGAGCCCCGGCCUGCAGCCCGUGCUCUGCCUGCGGUGCAGCCCCUUCCACCUGCUGGCCGGCCUGCAGGACGGGACCCUCGCCGCCUACCCUCGGACCAGCGGAGACGUCCCCUGGAACCUGGAGAGCCCUCCCGUGUGCCUGACCGUGGGGCCAGGGCCCAUCCGCACGCUGCUGAGCCUGGAGGACGCCGUGUGGGCCAGCUGCGGGCCUCGGGUCACCGUCCUGGACGCCGCCAGCUUGCAGACCCAGCAAAGCUUCGAGGCGCACCAGGACGAGGCCGUGAGCGUGACACACAUGGUGAAGGCGGGCAGCGGUGUCUGGAUGGCCUUCUCCUCCGGCUCCUCCAUCCGCCUCUUCCACACGGAGACGCUGGAGCACCUGCAGGAGAUCAACAUCGCCACCAGGACCACCUUCCUCCUGCCAGGCCAGAAGCACCUGUGCGUCACCAGCCUCCUGAUCUGCCAGGGCCUGCUCUGGGUGGGCACUGACCAGGGUGUCAUCGUCCUGCUGCCCGUGCCUCGGCUGGAAGGCAUCCCCAAGAUCACAGGGAAAGGCAUGGUCUCCCUCAACGGUCACUGUGGGCCUGUGACCUUCCUGGCUGUGGCUACCAGCAUCUUGGCCCUGGACAUCCUGCGGAGUGACCAGGAAGAGGCCGAGGGCCUGGAGGACAAGCCGGACGGGCAGGCUCCCGAGCCAGCGCCCGCGCCCCCGAGCCACGUGGGCCGGGAGCUGACCCGCAAGAAGGGCAUCCUUCUGCAGUACCGCCUGCGCUCCACGGCCCACCUCCCGGGCCCGCUGCUCUCUGUGCGGGAGCCCGCGCCCGCUGACAGCUCGGCCCUGGAGCACAGCGAGGAGGACGGCUCCAUCUACGAGAUGGCUGACGACCCCGACGUCUGGGUGCGCAGCCGGCCCUGCGCCCGCGACGCCCAUCGCAAGGAGAUCUGCUCCGUGGCUAUCAUCUCUGGCGGCCAGGGCUACCGGAACUUCGGCAGCGCCUCGGGCGUUGGUGGGAGGCCGGCCCCGUGCGGGGAGACGGACAGCACCCUCCUCAUCUGGCAGGUGCCCUUGACGCUAUAGCCCCCACCCAGGGGCACGGCCCCCCACCCAGGGGCACGGCUGCAGCCAUUCGGGGCUCUCAGGCUCUCGGGCCAUCGGCCCACCGCUGCCCUUCGGCCGUCCAGGGUCCCCCAGGGAGUGCGGGUGGAGUCACCUUCCAGGGACCCGCACGGGGCCACGAGGAUGGCCCUGGGUCUCCAGUAGCUGUCUUGGCAGAGCAGAGAAAAACCUCUUCUUUUUUAGGGAAAAAAAAAUUUUUUUAGAGUGUUUGGGGAAGGGGUCUAGGUUGGUGGAGAGGAAAGACUCCCCUGGAGGAAAUGGCCUUUUCGAAAACAAAACACAAAACCUCACAACUGCCUGGAAGCCCCGCGCCCCCCGCCCGGGCCGAGCGGGGCCCCGAGGCAGCCCCGCACCCCUCCUGGGGGAGAGCGUGCGGGCUGGUGUGUGAAUAUAUAUAAAUACGUAUAUAUGGUGUAUAUUAUCUCUGUAUAAAUAAAGUCUGUACAUAUUGGAGCUGCGGGGGAUGCUGGAAUAAAGGGCGAGGAUAAUGUG